UUAAUCCUAUACAAAACAAUCCCCCCUUUAUAACCACCACAUCGACAGCCCACGAUCCCCUGUCUCCUUCCCUCGCCACCUUCACAGUCUCGCUCAUGGCGGCGAGCUCAUCCCUCCCCUCCUCUCUCUCCAUAACAUCACUCUUCAUGAACCAGACAAACCGCAAAACGAUAACCCCAUCUAAACCCUAACCCUAAUCACUCUCCCAUUCUCCCUUUCCCUUAACUUCUAGUUGCAGACACCUGCUACCAGACGAAGCUCCCCUGUCUCCGGGCCCCCCCACCAGCUCCCUCCCCCUCUCGAUCAAUCCAUCCAUGGAUCAUUCCUCCACCGACGAAACAAUCAUGGCCGCUCUCCUCACCCUCAAUUCUCCCCAACCCCUCCAUCCCCUCGCCGCUGAGCUCCGCCUCCGCCACCGCCGUCUCACAUUCCUCCUCCUCUCCCCCCUGCAUUUCUCCCUCGCGCUUUCCCACCUCCGAUCCCUCUCCCUUCGAACCAAAUCGCUUCUCCUCGCCCGCCUCCUCCUCCGCUCCCUCUCCCUUCUCCAAUCCCCUCUCCGGCGGCCGCACCGCCUCUCCCUCCGAGAUUUCGACGCCGCCGUCCUUCUCCUCGCUAUGUGCGAUUCCUACCACCCCUCCUCCGCCCACGCCUCCGUCGAUUGGCGCUCGCUGAUCGCCGAUCGUCUCGCCGGAGAUGCUCUCUCCGCCGCCGGACUCGGAGGCGGAUGGUGGCCCGUGAUUGCUGCCCAUGUAGACGCCGCAGCCAAGUGCCGGCGGCUGGUGGAGGCGGAUAGCGGCGGAGCUGCCGCGGCGGAGGCGGCGGCAGUGGUGGCGCUGGAGGUUGCGGAAAUGGGGGAGUGUGCGAUAUGCGGGGAGGAGAUUGUGUGCGGGGGGGCGAUGCCGUGCGGGCACCCGUUUCAUUGGGGGUGUAUUCUGGAGUGGCUGCGGAUGCGCAACACGUGUCCCUGCUGUAGAUAUGAGCUUCCGACGGUGGAUGUUUGCUCUGAGAUUCAGAGGGUGUGGAAGAUGUUGGUUAAGAUGGGAGGUUGAUGAUCUUAAGGGCGUCAUCUAUGGCAAGAAAAAUUAUUGCAUCAAGACAUUUGAUUGCAUUAGAUGUCCAAUAAUAGGAUGUCACAUGGCAAUUCGGGCUCGAAUCGUGUAUGUCAGUAGGCUCAAAUUGUCAUGUAACCCUCUAUUAUUGGACAUCUGAUGUUAGAUUUUACAUGCAUAACACAUAACUGCUACCUAUUUACAU